AUGGCUUCCAUGAUGGAGUCGCUCUCGAUGCAUUUCUCGCCGCUCUUCCAGCAAAACCACACCCUCACCGACACCGCCGCCGCGAGCAACAACACCACCACCACCUACGCCGGCACCUUUCCCCCAGGCAUCAUGGAUACGCUCUUCACCACUGCCGGUUCCGUCUCGCCGCUGGGCCAGCUGCUCCCGUUUGCCUACAAUCUCGUCGGGAAGCAGUUCGGCAUCGACCCGUCCCUGCUGCUGACCGCCGCCGGACUCUUCUGGGCCGCGUCCAAGCUGUUCAAGCAGGUCUACUAUUACCUCGCCACCCUCGUCGACCAGUUCCUCAUGUGCUCCAUGCACGUCAGCGAGGACGACCACAUUUACGACUACGUCAUGAAGUUCCUGGCCAAGCACAAGUCCAUCAAGAGCAACAGGCAUCUCACCGCCCAGACCGUCUACCGGAGCGCCUGGGACGACGACGACGACGAAGACGAAGACGGCGACAAUAGCACAAAGGCCCUGUUUCUCACCAACGGCGGCGCUGGCGGCGCCUCGCAGCACCAGUAUCUCAACUUUUCGAACCAGGCCGCCACGUCGGCCCCGCGCUACAUUCCCGCCAUGGGGAGAACCACCAUCUGGCACAAAGGCACCUACUUCAAGGUGAACCGGUUCAAAGAGUCGUACUCCAACAGUCGUGGAUGGGGCGCCCCUAUGAAGGAUGUCGAAUCCGUCCAGAUUUCAUGCUACGGCAGAUCGACCGCCCCCGUCAAGGAGCUGCUGAGUGAAGCCAAAAAGCUCUACUACCAAGACAUGGCGCAAAAGACAACCAUCUACCGGCCCCGUUCCAAGGAACAGCGCCGCGACUACAACAUGUGGCAGCAAGUCGCCCGGCGUCCUGUCCGUCCCAUCCGCACCGUGGUCCUCGACAACAAGGAGAUGCACAAAGUCCUGGCCGACGUCAACGAAUACCUGCACCCCGCCACCCCGCGCUGGUACGCGUCGCGCGGCAUCCCGCUGCGCCGCGGCUACCUCUUCCACGGGCCGCCCGGCACCGGCAAGACGAGCUUCUCGUUUGCACUCGCGGGCGUCUUCGGCAUCGACAUUUACGUCAUCAGUCUGCAGGACAUUAGCAUCACCGAGGAGGACCUGGCCGUGCUCUUCACCAAGCUGCCCCGGCGCUGCGUCAUCCUGCUCGAGGACAUUGACAGCGCGGGUCUCCGCCGCGAGGGCGCCCAAGACAAGGACGAGGACAAGACGGACAAGGAAAAGACCAAGGAGAAGAAGAAGGAAGCCAAGGACGCCGACUCCUCGUCCAGCGACAGCGACAGCGACUCCUCCUCGAGCGAAGAAGACGUCAAGUCGAAAAAGAAGAAGCGCCGUCGCCGUGGUGCCGGCGGUGCCGGCCGCAGCGAGAAGCGCAGCUCCAAAAAGGGCAUCUCGCUGUCCGGGCUGCUCAACGCCAUUGACGGCGUCGCCUCGCACGAGGGCCGCGUGCUCAUCAUGACGACCAACAAGCCCGAGUCGCUCGACGAGGCCCUCGUGCGGCCCGGCCGCGUCGACGUCCAGGUCGGCUUCGCCCACGCCACCCCGUUCCAGGUGGCCGAGCUCUUCCAGCGCAUGUACGAGCCGCCGGGCGCGGCCACCAAGGCGGCGGGACCUGCUGCUGCCGCCCAGACGAAGAAGCAGCAGCCGGCCGCCGGCAAGAGCGACUGGCUGCUGCAACAGCAGGCCGCCCUCGCGUACGAGGUCGACGUCGAGGCCGACGAGAUGAGGGCCUUUGCGACACAGUUUGCCAGCUGCAUCCCGCAGGGCAAGUUCUCGCCCGCAGAGGUGCAGGGCUUCCUGCUCAAGCGGAAGAAGAGCCCGCGCAAGGCGCUCGAGGAGGUGCAGGCCUGGGUCGAGGCGUCGCUGAAGCAAAAGGAGACAAAGUCCAAGGUGGUGACGGUGCAAUAA